AUGGCGUCUUCUGAUCAUCCUCCACAACCACCAAACAAUCAGUCAAUGAGUGAUGAAGAUGACAGUGGAAAAGACGAUGAAGUUGUUGGACCUAACAACAAGAGGAGACAUUGUGAAGAAGGUGUUGGAAAGAAAUUAACAACAUCGUGGAUGAAAUGUCCAAGUAAGUCGGGUACCUCCAAUUUAUCUAAGCAUCUGAAAACAGCAUGCAAGGCAUUCAAGGUAUGGCAAGCUGCUAAUCUAGAAAAGAGUCAGAAUGUGUUUUAUCCUGAUGGUGUUGGUGGUGAGCUUAGGUUGAGUAUAGUCUCUGAAUCUGUGGUUAGGAAAGCUUCAAAUGAGUUGUUGUUUUUGGCUGAACUGCCAUUAUCUUUUAUGGAGUGCUUAGCUUGGAGACAUUUCUGUGCUAAAGUCCAGUUGUAUAAACCUCACUCUCGGAGAACAGCAACAAGAGAUAUUGUGGAGUUGUUUGUUAAGAGGAAAGCAGCAAUGAAGAAGGUUUUUGGGGAGAAUAAACAGAGGUUGUCAUUGACAACCGAUAUUUGGGUUGCUCCGUAUACUGGAAAUAGUUAUAUGGUCAUAACAGCUCACUAUAUCGAUGCUUGGUGA